UCCUCGAUGAACAAAAUAUAGAGAUGGAAGCAUAGCUCCAUUGCCAACGACCCAAAUCCGUGAUCAGCCUUAGCACGAGCUGCUCAAUGCCUGUUUACGGCGACCAGAAUCGUCGCGUCUGCGGCUGGAAUACCGUGGACGUUCUCAUCGACGGCCACCUGCAGCACGGCGACGUCAUCAACCUGGCGCAAGGUGGCCUGAUCGUCGAUUUCCGUUGUGCGACACAGCGCGCGCAGUUUGUCGAAUACGGUCGCGCUUUUCAUUGCCCCUUCCUGGCCUACCAGAUUCGCAGUUCGGAACCGAAUAAGCAAGUACUCCUGCGUCGGUAUCCGGACGGUGCCUGGAUCUGGUACAGCGGCCAUGUUGUCCAGGGAGGAUUCAGCUGUUUGGAUGCUGACAUGAUGGAAGUGGAUAUGCCCCAGGGCACUGUCCGCCAACUGGUCCCCGGCGACCAAAUACGAUCAGAAAUGGAAUUGGGCGGGUGGCGCGUGGGGCAGGAUGACUUUGUCAUCCGCUCCUGCCCCCUGCCGCCUGCAUACUGGUCCGGAGCUAGUCAGCUGUGCGGGCAGAUAUUCAAGUACCAGUUGAGCCAACGAUUCAAUGUGCUGUGCACGUCUCUCCUCAGCCAAACACUCCUGUACCUGCAGCGUAACGAAGAUACUCCGUUGACAUUGGAACAAGUGAAAGGGGUAUUCGACACAGCGAAGGAAGAAGAGCAUACCGGGACAUCCCAAUACAUACAGAAGAUAUUCCGGCAGCGGAUUAGCACACCUAAGAAAGGACGCAAAAGUUCUGGCGACUGUCGACGCUGCCUACCGCUGCCGACUGAGCUGCUGCUGGAGAUCUUCCGCUCGCUGGACUCCAUCGGUCGCAUCCGCUGUCGGCGGGUGUGUCGAGUGUGGAACACUCUCCUCACCACCGAAGGAUACUUUCCCCAUAUCUGCGUGUCCGUCGGCCACCCGGACGAUGGCGUAUUAACCAACGCGUGGGUUUGGCAUGGUUUUUACUGGGCGGCGUCUUGUUUGCUACAAUGCCUCACCAACCGCACCAGGAUGGUGAUUAUACGGUCGGCAGACAUUGAGAGAUGCCGAAAUUUGGCCGGUCUGAUCAACGAUAUCCUCAAACCGGCGCGGCUACCGACGUUGGUGUUCUACGAGUGCGAAAUGGGCGAUGAAGAAAAUUAUUUGGACACUGCUGUCGACAAGUUGGUAUCGAUGUUUGGGGAGUGCUCGGCGUGCGACAGGGUAUUGUGGAAGAAGUGCGAUAUCCGCGAUCUCUACCUGAAGGCCGAUGUAGCCCAGCAUUCCUUCUUCGCCCAUCCGAAGCAGGAGCUAGAGCGGGAACUAUAUGAAGUCUUUGAGAAUAAUCUAAUCCUUGGGAAGCCGCUGAAUCGGCCGGCCUUAGCGGCCUCGAUUACCGACUGCAUCGCUCACAAAUCCAGCGAACUAACGGAAAAACAGAUUGUAAAGGCCCUGAAUGAGUACCAGCGUUGGGAUCCACGGCUAUCCACUGCUUAUCGCGGUCGCAAGUGGACGCCGGCUGCGCUGGGCGAUCUGGACGCCAGUAAACUGACCACAACAACGGCGGUAAUCUUGAGCGAAGGGAUUCUCAUGAACGAUGAUGACGAUACCGACGGAUGAUUAAUUCGGCGGAACUGCCACCAUGGGAUCGCGCUUGACCUUUUCUUAAAAUUCUGUCUAUUUUGCGAGUUAACCCUUGAUUUUCCUGAUCAAUGCAUGUUCUGCGCUGAACUGUUAAUGUGUUUUCACGUUUCCUGUGUAGUGUGUUCUAGACUGCUAGUAAUGAUA